AUGGGAAAGUACAUAAGGAAGUCAAAGACAACAGGAGUAUUGGCGGUUAGCCAUGCCCAAUGCUCAGUCGGGGUCCGGACGAGGUCUAAAACGCUAGCCCUUCAACGCCUAGAGAAAUCCUCCGCCGUCACCGCGGUGGCGGCUGAAGGCUGUGAUGAUGGGUGCUACAUGCAGCUGAGGAACAGACGGCUGGAGAAGCCCGCACCCCAAGUUGCUACAGAAGCGAAAAGACUGAAACAUCCUUCCCUGGAGAAGGAGCCAAAUUCAAACAAGGCUAGAGCGUGGCCCAACAGCGUGGAAAAUCCCGGGAAAGGAAAGGAAAAGGAAAAAUUGGAGGAAAAACAGAAGGAAAGCUCGGUGGAGGCUUCUUUUGGAGAAAAUGUGCUUGAACUUGAAGACAAAGGAAGGACCACUAGAGAAAGCACGUCUUGCAGCUUGAUCAAGGACUCAGACACCAUCAGAUCUCCUGGUUCUAGUAACAGGGCUACCGCUGGAAAUGAUGCCAAUAGCAGAAUGCAAAACCUAAUACAAAGAGACAUCCCAAUUGCAAAUGAAAUAAAAGAGUUUUUCUCCUGUGCAGAAAAUCAACAGCAUAAGCAAUUUGUUGAGAAGUACAACUUUGAUCCUUUGACUGACAAGCCUCUCCCAGGACGUUAUGAAUGGGUGAAACUCAAACCUUAG